UUUAGGUUAAUUGACUCUUACCGAAAUAUAAACACAAUUUUGUUCACUUACCUCUUACACUCAAUGAAAAAAAAUAAAUAAAGAAGUUUAAAAAUUUAAAAUGAGCAGUUCAAAAAAUCGUGAUUAUAAUGAUAAAUAUUGUGAUAUAAGAAAACGUUAUCCCAGUGAUACAGAUCAACAGUCAAGUUAUUCAGAAAAAAAGCGUCAUAAAAAUAAUAAACACGACAAUAAACCAGAGAAAUUAAAAACUAAAGAAGAAUAUAUUAAAAUACCAUCAGAUAACGAAGAUGAUAAUAUUUUUUCAUUUAUUAAAUACAAGCAUGAAUUAAAUAAAGUGUUUGUUGCGCACAAUCAAUUGGUACAAGACAUUGAAGAUUUUUGGAGUUUCGUUAAAAAAUACGAGGUGAUUGAAAACAAAUUAGGAAAAAAUAACAGCACAGAUCUAGUAAAUACAGAUUUAAAUUCACUAGGUGUACCUGCACACUAUCAUAAAAGUCACUGUAUUAACAUUAAAAUAAAUAUUAAAUUUGAUGAAUUAUUUGCACGAGUACCAAUAGUAAAAGAAUUAAAUAACAAUCGUUUACUUAAAUUUAAAGAUAUUAUAUUACUAUAUUUAAAUUUCAAACAAAAAGAAAAAUUUACAAAGUUAAAAAAAUUACGAGAAAAUCAAGAAAAUUUACCAGUAGCUAAAUAUAAAGAUGAAAUAAUAAAUGCUGUCAAAGAAGAAAGAGUUGUCAUAAUUGCUGGUGAUACUGGAUGUGGUAAAUCAACUCAAGUACCACAAUAUUUAUAUUUAUCUGGUUUUAAUAAUAUUGCAUGUACACAACCACGACGAAUCGCAUGUAUAUCACUAGCAAAACGUGUCGCUUUUGAAACAUUGACGGAAAAUUUAAGUGACGUUGGUUAUCAAAUACGUUUUGAAAAACAAAAAAAUAAAAAUACUAAAAUUCUAUUCAUUACUGAAGGUUUAUUACUGCGUCAAGUUUCUGAAGAAACUGGAUUGACCCAAUAUGAUGUUGUGGUACUUGACGAAGUUCAUGAGCGUCAUUUACAUGGUGAUUUUUUAUUAGGAAUUAUGAAAUGUUUAAUUCAUCAACGUACUGAUUUAAAAUUAGUAUUAAUGUCAGCAACUAUAAAUAUUGAAUUAUUUAGUAAUUAUUUUUCUAAAGAAGAUGUUAGAGUUAUUCAAGUACCUGGAAGACUUUAUUCAAUUAAAUUAUUAUACCGACCCAUUGGCAUUGAGGAUAUUAAAUCUAAACGUGAACGAUUUAAUCCAAGUCCUUAUGUUCAAAUAAUGCAGAUGAUUGAUGAAAAAUAUCCAGCUUCUGAAAAAGGAGAUUUGUUAAUUUUUCUCAGUGGUAUGAGUGAAAUAACAACAGUCGUUGAUGCUGCCAAAGAAUACAGUAAAAAAAAAAAUAAUUGGAUUAUUUUACCACUACACAGCAGUCUAUCACUUGCUGAGCAAGAUAAAGUAUUUGAUUACCCUCCAGAAGGUGUACGUAAAUGUAUAGUAUCAACAAAUAUUGCCGAGACAUCGAUCACAAUUGACGGUAUUAGAUUUGUUGCCGACAGUGGUAAAGUUAAAGAAAUGAGUUAUGAUCCAAAUUGUAAAAUGCAACGACUCAAAGAAUUUUGGAUAAGUAAAGCAAGUGCUGAACAACGCAAAGGUCGUGCUGGUAGAACUGGUCCAGGUGUUUGUUACAGAAUUUAUUCCGAAGAAGAAUAUACGGCAUUGGAAAAAUAUUCAGCACCAGAAAUUCAAAGGGUUCCGCUUGAUUCUUUAUUAUUACAAAUGAUAGCUAUGGGUCUACCAGAUGCAAGAAAAUUUCCAUUUAUUGAACCUCCACCUUCACAAAGUAUUGAAAAUUCAAUUUUGUCAUUAAAAGAACACGGCGCUCUUAUGGAGAAUGAAAAACUAACUUGUAUUGGUAGGACGUUAUCUAAACUUCCGGUUGAUAUUACAAUAGGCAAAAUGUUAAUUAUGGGAUCAAUAUUUGAUCAAGUUGAACCUGUGUUGUCACUUGCUGCAGCACUAAGUACACAAAAUCCAUUUACUAAUCGCGCUUAUAAAGAUAAUGAAUGUGAAACGUCAAGAAAAAAACUUGAAUCUGAUCAUGGCGAUCCGAUUACGCUACUCAAUACAUUCCGUGAAUGGUUGGAAAUAAAACAGGAAAGUAGUCAUGAGUCACGAGAUAGAAAUAAUAGUAAUAGUAGUCGUAAAUGGUGUAAAAGACGAGGCCUUGAAGAGCAAAGAUUUUAUGAAAUGAUUAAAUUACGUUCUCAAUUUAAAGACUUAUUGAGUGAUUGUAAUUUAUUAAAGAAUAUAAAUGAAUUUAAAUCAUCAAUGUCUAGUACAGAAAGAACAAUGCGACAUAGAGAAAUUAAAAUUUUAAAAUCAUUAAAAAAAACUUAUAAAGAAACAGCACCGAGAAAACGUAAACAACUUAAAGUUGAUAAAUUUGAUUUACAAUUUGAAGAUAAUGAUGAUAAUGAUAAUGAUGAUAAUGGGAUCGAUAUUAAAGAUGUUGAAUUUCGUAUGAAAAAUGAUUAUUCGCAAGUUAAAAAUUUAUUAAAUGCCAGUACGGCUUGUAGUUAUAAAGAUUUGACGAUAUUGAAAUUAAUUUUAUGCUGUGGUUUGUAUCCACAGUUUGCAAUUGCUGAUGAAUUCAAUUAUUGUAAGUCAAUUAAUGAACAACUAUUUCAUACAAAAGCUAAACCGUUUGUUGCACUUCAUCCGAUGAGUUUUUUUGGCAAUCAUCCACAAUUAUUGCAACUAGAAGAACCAGAUAUUGUAAAUAUACCGGGAUUCAAAUCAAAAUUACCAUUGAGUUCAAAGCAUCAAUUACUUACUUAUGUAUCAUUAUUAGAAACAACAAAACCUUAUCUUGUAAAUACACUUAGAAUGCCAGCAGCUCAAACUUUAUUACUUUUUUCUCAAGAAAUAGAUACAAAUUCAAUUUUUUCAAUAAUUAUUUGCGAUUGCUGGCUAUUACUUGAAUUUCCAACUCCAGAUAGUGGACAAAAUUUGCUGAUAAGAGCCACGAAAAUUAGACAAAAAUGGGAUUAUCUCUUAGCAAAAAAAUUAGAAAAAUCAUCUGCAGUUACGACUGAAGAUAGCGAAGAAAUGGAAAAUGAUACACAUAAAAUUGAAAUUGAAUUGUCACGUGAAAUAAUUGAAUUUAUGCACACAACUGUUCCGUAUACGAUUAAAAGAUUAUUAGUUGCUGAUUUGAAGACACUUUAUGUUGGUGAAGGUGAGAAUGAUAAAAUAGUCGAGCCUAAUCCAUUUCAAGAUGAUUUUCUGUGUGUUUUAAAUCCGUCUAAAGGUGGAGUUAAGCUGACAAAUAAUAUUACGUAUAAUUGUCUAAUGGAAAAUGAAUGGAGUGAUAAAUUAGCUGUCGAAAUGCUGGAUAUGCCUUGGAAGUGUCCUGAUUGUGAGAUAGAAAUAAUUUUAUCGAGUAUUGAGAAAUUACAACACCAAAAAUUAUGUAAGCAAUCAAAGAAUAGUGAGAAAAUAAUCGAUAGCAAAACAUCGACGGUUGUUAAAAAACACAAUAGCAAAGCUUACGACUGUCCUGAUUGUAAAAAAAUUUUAUAUCUCACACCUAUAGAAAUUUUAAAACAUAAGAAACAACACAGUAAUGUAAAUAAAUAAGAUAUAUAUGUACUUUCAUUGCAGGUGUCUAGGGACAAAUUAUAAAUUUUAUAGGCUAAAAUUUCGUUUAAGGGCAUUCUCAGGCAUUGUCCACUACUUAUUUAAAAUAUUCAAUGACAUUCAAUUGUAAUUAUCGUAUUAAAAUUUUGAUUAUUAAAAAAAAAGUUAACGCAUUAAAUGAAAAAAGGGCAACGCAGUAACAAUUUCGCAGAGACAUAGAUUAAAAAAAAAAACUGACAGUUGAUAUCAAUUAGGAGUUAAACGAAAUUUAGAAAAUAAAUUUGAGUAAAAUCUUCAACUCAAUUUUAUAAUUUAAAUUUUCAAAUUUUGCAGGCUAAAAUUCAUUUAACAAAUUUUGUUCAACUCCUAAUUGAUAACGACUGCAAGUGAUUUUUUUUUUAAUUCUAUAUCCCAGUGAAAUUGUAACUGUGUUGUCCUUUUUUCAGUUAAUGCUUUAAUUUUUUGGAAAUUAAUUAUUAAAAGUUUAAUACUAUUAUGACAGUUCAAUGUCAUUGAAUAUUUUCAAAAAGUGGGGGGCACUGUCUAAGAAUGUCCUUAACUCUCAACUGAUAUCAACUGUAAUUAAUUUUUUUUUUUUAAAUCAAUAUCUCAGCGAAAUUGCAAUUACGUUUUCCUUUUUUCAAUUAAUGCUGUAAUUUUUGUUUUUUAUUAAGGGCAUUCUCAGUCAGUACCCCCCACUUUUAAAAAAUAUUAAAUGAUCUUAAACUGUCAUAAGAGUUUUAAAAUUUUAUCAAUUAAUUUCAAAAUCAUCAAAGCAUAAAUAUAAAUAAGAGAUAUAAAUUUAAAAAAAAAAAUGACUCACAGUAAUUUUCCAAAUUUCAUUUAACUCCUAACUGAUAUCAACUGUGAAUAAUUUUUUUUUCAAACCUACGUCUCGGGAAAAUUGUAACUGCGUUGCCCUUUUUUCAAUUAUUGCUUAAACUUGUUCUUAAUUAAUCAUCAAAAUUUUAAUAUGGUCAUUACGAUUAUUGAAUAUUUUAAUAAAGUAAAGGACACUGUCUGAGAAUGCCUUUAAAAAUAAUAAAUACUUAUAUGCCCUUAUGGCUCCCAGUAUCUGUUUUGGGAAAUCAUAAGGGUAUUCUCACACAGUGUCUUCCACUUUUUAAAAAAUUCAGUGACUUAACUGUCACAACCGUAUUAAAAUAUUAUUAAUUAAUUAAAGAGAAGCUACAGCAUUAUUUGAAAAAAGGAUAACGUAGUUACAAUUUCAUCGAGAUAUCGAUAAAAAAAAAAAUUACAUAUAAUUGUUAUCCAUUAGGAUUCAAAGAAAAUUCAGUAAUUAAAUUUUAACGUACAAAAUUUUUAAAUUUUAAUUAUAAUUAACA